GUUCCUUCUAUUGCAUUGGAGGCUCAUUUGAAAACAUUAGCCGUGAUUAGCAAUGUUUGUUUUGGUUAGCAAGCAAUUCGACUAAAGUGAACAUACGUUUCUGGAUAACACAGUGAUAUAAACCCAUCAUUAUACUCAAGGAACGACAGUCAACAUUCAUGGAGGACCACAGCGUGGAUGACGACAACUCCAGCAUCCGGUCAUCCUCCCCGGCGAACUCUCCUGUCAUGGACCGUAACCCCUCACCACCCCCGGACAGAGAGGGGGAGCAGGGCGGGGAAGAGGUGGAUGCUAUAGGGGAGACAGUUUAUAGCAAACACUGGCUGUUCAGCACCUUUACCCGUCUGAUUCAGAUUGUGUCGGAACAGAACAUGGGAGACUCUGAUGCCCAGAUGCAGUUACCAGAGGAAGAUGAGGAUGAGCUGUGUAAGAUCUGGGAUAUGGCCAUGGAUAAGGAUGUGGCUGGUUUCUUACAGGAGUUCAAAGCUGCAGAUAUCCUCCUUGGAGUGAUCACUAAGUCUCGAUGCCCUCGUCUCACUGAGAUAUGUGUGGGGAUCCUGGGUAACAUAGCCUGCUUCCCUGACACUUGUCUGACCCUCAGCCAGAACAACGACCUAGGGGUGGUGCUGUUGCUCCUUCUUGGAGACACUGAUCCCCCUACACUGCUGGAGACAAGCAGACUGCUGCUGACCUGUGUGUCCCAGAGCGAUGUGUCUUCUCUGUGGCUGGAGAGAGUACGACAGCAGACCUCUGUGUGUUCCAGCCUCUGCUUCAUCAUGUGCAGCUCCACCAACAUGGACCUGCUGGUGAAGGUGGGGGAGCUGGUUGACAAGCUGUUUGACUUGGAUGAAGAGUUGAUGAAGACCUGGGUCACAGCUGGAUCUCAGCCCAGUGACGAAGACGAGGAGGAAGAAGAAGAGGAGGAGGGGGAGAGACGUCUGGACGUGGCCUCCUCGCUCCUCGAGGCUGCCAAGCAGCUAAGGUCAGAGAGUCCAGAGGGUUUAGAGGUGUACCUGCAUGCCCUCCAGCUCCUCACCACUAUCCAUCAUGGGAUUCAGACACUGGCUGUUGCAGGUGGGACGGGCCAGGCUCUAUGGACCUUCCUGUGUGAGGUAGUGUGUGAGGACCUGUGUCAGCCAGACGACCCUCUGUUUGUUCUCCAGGAACAGAAGGGGUUACUGGUCCAUGCUCUGGCUGUCCUGUCAGUCCUGUAUGCGUGUCAGGACCAGGAAGCAGAGCACAGCGAAGCAGACACGCUUUUGCCUCUAGUUGGGAGCAUGUUGAGGGUGCUGCAGUACCAUAGAGAGGUCAGUUCAGGACACGGACAGAAGGGGAAGAAGGAGGAGGAGAAGGUGGAUGAGCAGCUCCAGGCUCUGAUCCAGACAACGGUCGAGUUCCUCUCUGACAUCAUCACUGACCUCACCAAGGAUGCGGUGUGCGAGUUGGUGACGAGAGGUUACCUAACAGAAAAGACGUGUCUGUCAGCAGUAGGCUCUAUGCUCCCCCAGUUCAGCCCUGCCGUACAACACCUGGUCUUCAUGUUGUCGGAGGCUGAUCCCCAGCUGGCAGACACAGUGAGAAAGGAAUUUCCCGUCUCCCUCAGCCCGAGCUGAUCCACGAGCCCUCCUCUUCCUUCUCCAGACUCCGGUAUCCACAGUGGAUCCUGUUAUAUCCAUGGACUACCACACUGGGCAUACAGAGAGGUUGUAUACCAAUACACUUGGACUGUACUGUGAAAAACAUGGUGUCCACUGUUUUAAUGUUUUUUUUGUAGAUCAGGGUCUUUAAAAAUGGAAAGGGGGCGAAAAGAAGAAGAUAAAACACAAUUAUUUGUUUGUUUAACUUGUUUAAAAUAAAAUGGUAUUGUUAUUUGAUAUCAUGUUUUAAACAUGUAGUAGUAUCUCUUAUGUGGCUAGAAAGGGAUCCAUAUAUUCCAAUGUGGUCCUACUGUAUUUUUCAA